GUAGCGGCAGCGGCGGCCGUGGAGGUGGCGCUCGGGGCUGUUUUCUCUCAGCGGCCGGAGCGGAGCGGCGUCUGACUGAGGCGGGCGGCCGCAGGCCCUGGCCCCGUCCCGCCUCCUGCUGCUCCUGCUGCCGCCGCGCGCCCGCCCGUCCGCCCGCCCGCCGCCGCCCCGCGCCGGGGACGAGUCGCGGCCCGCGCGGCCGCCGCCGAGGCCUGCGCCCCGGACAGCCGCCGGAGCCGGAGCCGAGAAGCCGGGGCCUCGCUCGCGGUGUCCCCGCCCUCUCUCGUCUCCCCUCCUCCUCCUCCUCCUCCUCCCUCCCCGGGCCUCGGGCCCCGCCGUCGCGCCAUGGACUCGGACGAAGGCUACAACUACGAGUUCGACGAAGACGAGGAGUGCAGCGAGGAGGACAGCGGCGCCGAAGAGGAGGACGAGGACGACGACGAGCCGGACGAUGAUAACCUGGACCUGGGCGAGGUGGAGCUGGUGGAACCCGGGCUGGGCGUCGGCGGGGAACGGGACGGACUGCUGUGCGGGGAGACGGGCGGCGGCGGCGGCGGCAGCGCCUUGGGGCCGGGCGGCGGAGGUGGCGGCGGCGGCGGAGGCGGCGGCGGCGGGCCGGGGCACGAGCAGGAGGAGGACUACCGCUACGAGGUGCUCACGGCCGAGCAGAUCCUGCAGCACAUGGUGGAGUGCAUCCGGGAGGUCAACGAGGUCAUCCAGAAUCCUGCAACUAUCACAAGAAUACUCCUUAGCCACUUCAAUUGGGAUAAAGAGAAGCUAAUGGAAAGGUACUUUGAUGGAAACCUGGAGAAGCUCUUUGCUGAGUGUCAUGUAAUUAAUCCAAGUAAAAAGUCUCGAACACGCCAGAUGAAUACAAGGUCAUCAGCACAGGACAUGCCUUGUCAGAUCUGCUACUUGAACUACCCUAACUCGUAUUUCACUGGCCUUGAAUGUGGACAUAAGUUUUGUAUGCAGUGCUGGAGUGAAUAUUUAACUACCAAAAUAAUGGAGGAAGGCAUGGGACAGACUAUUUCGUGUCCCGCUCAUGGUUGUGAUAUCUUAGUGGAUGACAACACAGUUAUGCGCUUGAUCACAGAUUCAAAAGUUAAAUUAAAGUAUCAGCAUUUAAUAACAAAUAGCUUUGUAGAGUGCAAUCGACUGUUAAAGUGGUGUCCUGCACCAGAUUGCCACCAUGUUGUUAAAGUCCAAUAUCCUGAUGCUAAACCAGUUCGCUGCAAAUGUGGACGCCAGUUUUGCUUCAACUGUGGAGAAAACUGGCAUGAUCCUGUGAAAUGCAAGUGGUUAAAGAAGUGGAUUAAAAAAUGUGAUGAUGACAGUGAGACUUCAAAUUGGAUUGCAGCCAAUACAAAGGAAUGCCCCAAAUGCCAUGUCACAAUUGAGAAGGAUGGCGGUUGUAAUCACAUGGUCUGUCGUAACCAGAACUGUAAAGCAGAGUUUUGCUGGGUGUGUCUUGGCCCUUGGGAACCACAUGGAUCUGCCUGGUACAACUGUAAUCGCUAUAAUGAAGAUGACGCAAAGGCAGCAAGAGAUGCCCAGGAGCGCUCGAGGGCAGCCCUGCAGAGGUAUCUGUUCUACUGUAAUCGCUAUAUGAACCACAUGCAGAGUCUACGCUUCGAGCACAAACUGUAUGCUCAGGUGAAGCAGAAGAUGGAGGAGAUGCAGCAGCACAAUAUGUCGUGGAUUGAGGUGCAGUUCCUCAAGAAAGCCGUGGAUGUCCUCUGCCAGUGCCGUGCCACACUCAUGUACACUUACGUCUUCGCCUUCUACCUCAAAAAGAAUAACCAGUCCAUUAUCUUUGAGAAUAACCAAGCAGAUCUAGAGAAUGCCACAGAGGUGCUCUCGGGCUACCUCGAACGAGAUAUUUCCCAAGAUUCUCUGCAGGAUAUAAAGCAGAAAGUACAAGAUAAGUACAGAUACUGCGAGAGUCGCCGGAGGGUUUUGCUGCAGCAUGUGCAUGAAGGCUAUGAGAAAGAUCUGUGGGAGUACAUUGAGGACUGAGAGUGGCCCCGCAUAAAAUGAACUCUGAAAACUUUACCAUCUAGAGUGCUCAUGCAAUUAAAACAAAACAAACACAAACAAGGAGGCACUAAGCCUAUUCUGACACCACUGGUCUAUAGCACCAGAAUUCUGUUUUGUUAACGGAAAGUUUAAGUAAAUUAUAUUGUAAUAAAAAAAGGUAGAUAAACCAUUGUACAACAGUAUUCUAGGCCGCCAACAAAGUGUGACACACACUAAAAGCCCUCCAACUUUAACUUGUAACGUAGCUUCAUUCUCAAAGCCGACUCCUUGUUUAUUUUUCUUUUUCCUGAGUGUAGUACACUUAAAAAUUACGAACAGCUCCUUGACACUGCUUUUCAUGCCCAAACCAGCCAUUUUGUUGUACUUUGGUAAAGGCCUUCUUCCCUCUCCUACCCUACACAACACAAUGCGCCCACACACACAGACUGAUUCUCUCAUGCUUGAGGUCGUGAGUGAAUGAUAUACUCCUUGUGAAGCAAAUUCUUAGGACAGGAAAGAGGGUAGGCAGCAAGAGGAUUAAACAAAAACAAAAAUACUUUGUAUAUGACUUUUAAAAACAAGAGGACAACACAGUAUUUUUCAAAAUUGUAUAUAGCGCAUAUGCAUGGACAAAGCAAGCGUGGCACGUGUUUGCAUAAUGUUCAAUUACAAAAAUAUUUAUUCUUUAAAAAUCUUCAAGAUUAUGUCUAUUUGCUGUGCAUUUUCUUUUUCAGUUUGUUUAUCUUCCUGGGAUUGGGUUUGGGAUGGAAAGUGUACUGAUUGUCACUCUGAAGAUUCAGAGUGUUAGCCACCCCCUUCCUGGUUGCUUGGCCCUCCUAGUUGCUGUUUCAGCCCCUGCCUUGAGUUCCCAGCUCUUGAUCGCAGGGAUGGGGGUGCCGCUUCGGACUCCAUGCUGUGGCCACCAAGGGCUGCAGUUGUCACGUGAUCCUGUCCCCACCCUAAUCCCCGAUGGCCUCCUGCUUCUCCCUUGUCCUGGUGCCCAUGUCCUGCACAUGGCCGAAGGCUGCCCAAGCACCCUUUCACAUCCAGAGGAAGCAUUCAAAGUUUCUUUUUUCUUUUUGGUUUUCCCUUUGUUGCUGCUUUGAGCCUUUUAAGAUUUCAGUUGUGUUUCUUUCACCCGUCCUACUUAAGGCAUCAAAAAGAAUGUUUUUGCUUUAACUUUAAUAAAUACCCAUUCACUUAGUUUCAGAUUGUGAAUUUAAAAUGGCGGAUUCUGAGAUUGCUUGUGUGUGCUGCUGUGGGUUCUGUUUGAAGCAGAUCCCUCUAGAACAUCAUAAAUUCCCAUCUAGUGCAUUUAGAUAGAAAUCACGGCAUUUAUAGGAGAGUUAAUAAUGCAUUUUAGCUGUGAUGUCCGUUUUUAUGCUAUUUCUACUUCAGAGCUAUGUUAAAAGUAAAGGAUGGUGGUGGUUUUAUUAGCUGUAUUACGUGUUUGGGCUAUUCUGGCCUUGUAUUUUUUCAACAGGUCAGCAUCCCUCAAUCUGUCAAUUUUGUACAGAAGUGCAGAGUGAACUAGGCAACCAGAUCAAGAGGUCUGAAGAAGCCUCUUUGUCUUCCUUUAACUGUCUCGUGCCUAGGGAAUGUUUCCCAUUUGCGAGGCAGCUCUGUCUGCUCUUGCACUGUCCAUCUAAUUACUCCAUUGGGAAGUAACUUCACUUUCCUCUGGCCUUUUGCCUAAGUUAGGCUUUGCUGAGUCAACCCUACUUUUCCUUUUAGAAAAGGUUGUUACAUGAGAUGUACUUGCAACUGUUGUUUUCCCAUCAACAAUCAGUGAAUGUUUGCUGAGUGUGUUAUGCUGCUUCCUUAAUCCACUUGUCGCCUGAGGCCCUGCUUCCCAAGCAUCCUACCCCAUUCCCCAGCCACCUCAGGUGCACAUUGGAUUUCAGUGUCUGCUUCUUCCUUUACUCAGCCCUUGCCACUCCCAUCAUCCAACUCACUUUAUUUUUAUUCACAUUGACUGCAACAAUCUUAAGAGUCACCAAAACUAAGGAGUAUUUUGUUUGUUUGUUUAUUUUUCUUUAGUAAGUUGAUUUCCCCUGGUGACUUUGAGAAGCAGCCAGUGUUGCUAUAGGUAAUAUGUAGCUCCCUCAAUUGUUUUGUUGUAUGUGUGGUGUUUUUUCAAAGUUAACUUUACGGUAUCCAGGUUUGAGUGUCAUUAAACCCUCUUGACACCCCUCCCCCAACAAGUAUCCAAAGACAGUGUGUGUGCUGCUUAGCCUGAGGAGGGGACUGCCUGGUGCAUGUGUCUGUCCCUGCGUUCACAUGGAUUGAGGUGAACUGGCCCUUUCUGCUUCCAGAAGUCUGUGUUGGGACAGAAUUCCCAGAGCUAGUUGAUCUUGUUAGCUGUCCCAGGGCAAGACAACAGAAGGUGAGGGAAGGGCUGCUUCCUCCGUUGCACAAUGAGCGCCAGAGUCUCCCGGUCUUCUUGAGGUCAGUUAGGUUGUCUUUGGAAAGGUGCAUGCUUCCUUGAACACUUCAUUGAGCAGCAAAUGGACCUGCAAUGGUUAAAAUUUUCAUCCAAAGCUCAGGGCACAAACCACAGUGGCAAGAAGGAGUAGCUUUUAUUAUCAUCUGAGUCUAAAUUUUUGUGUAAUUUGCUGCAAUUAGGAUCGUGUUUGCUGUAUGUUUAAAUAAAUACCUUUAAAUGCACAUGUGUAUAUUUACACACAUAGGCAGAAGACUGACUGGUUUGUAUUGAAAUGGUGAAAUUGGCAGUGUGCUGCAUGGUUCAACCAUGGUUAGGAAUUGAUACUUAGUUGGCAAGAGAAAAGAACUUAAUGUAACAGAUUCUUAAUAGCUACAAAUCUCAGUAUAGAGCACUUGGGGGAUGGGCUGGGGUGGGUUGGUGAGACAAUCAGAUUGGUAAAUUGAUUAAAUGCUCCUAACCCUGUAAUUUUGUGCAUAGAGCACCCUGUGCUGUGGAAAUAACUGUUCUUAGAUUUUCAUUGUAACUGGACUGUUCAGGUUGCCCACAGGGAAAGAACAUUCCUAAUUCUAAUAAAAUAAACUUUUAUUUUGUUAUUCCA